CCAAGAUGGCCGACCUGGGUGAAGGCGAAGGCGGAGAAGGACUGCACUAUUUUCCGGAAGGCAGUCUCCUAAACACAAUGAUCAUCUCCAUCACAGACUCCGAAAAGAGAACUAGCGAUUAUAUAAAAGAUCCUUAUACCGUUUAUUUGAUCGAGACCAAAUAUAUCGAUGGAGGGCCACCAGCUGGGGAACUUGAUAUGUCAUGCAAUCUGUGGAGACGUUACAGCGAAUUUGAACUUCUACGGAACUACCUUGUUGCAACCUAUCCAGAAAUCAUCGUGCCUCCUUUGCCUGAGAAGAGAGCAGGUGUAAUCAAAGUUGCUACUGAUCGAUUUGAUCCAGAUUUCAUUGAGAAAAGAAGAAUAGGUCUAGAGAACUUCUUACUUCGAGCGGCAGCACAUCCCAAGCUGGCCCAAGAUGAAAUGUUUUUAGGAUUUUUAAAUCAGGAAGAAGGAUGGAAGGAAAGUAUUAAUGCAACACAAUUUCAAAGCAAGGUCGACUCUCGUUUAAAAAGUUUUAGUGCUGCCAUGAAUGUAAAGAAGCCAGACAGGCAAUUUGAGGAUAUGAAACAUUAUGCUGAAAUUCUGGGGUCCAAUAUAGCGGCACUUUUAAAAGUUCGACAGCGCAUGUCAGAGAAAAUAUUUUCAAUCCACAAACAACAUGCGGGUUAUGGAAAAAUGUUCAGUGAAUGGAGUAUUAUGGAGAACGAAAUGGGAGAUGGGUUACAAAAGGCCGGACACUAUAUGGAUGGUUUGUCCUCAUCUGUCGAUAAUGUUGUGGAAGACGACGAAACAAGCUUUGCAGAUCCGUUGAAAGAAUAUCUUUUCUAUGCAGACGUUAUAAGAACCGUAGCAAAGAAGCAGUGGCUUCGUCAAUAUGAUUUAGAGAAGGCAGAAGACGCUUUAGCUGCUAAAAGCAGUCAAAGAGAAACAUUAGAUUCUCAAAAGGAGCUUUGUAGAAGAAUCUUCUCAAGACUUUGAAAGAUUUAAGAGACAAGAAGUAAAAGACGUGAAAGCGAUUCUAUCAGCGCACGUCAGGACUCAGAUCAAAUUAUGUAAAUUGGGAUUAUCGACGUGGGAAAACAUGAGAGAAACAGCACACAAACUUUAGAUCCAUAUCAUUAUACUAUUUGAUCAAGUUUUGUAUUUAACAGAUACUUUUUCCUUAUUUCUGUGACAUGAGUUAAUGAAAAAUAUUUUUAAAUUUACAGCCAAACUAGCUCAUGCGUUCCUAUCAAGGUUCAAAAAUUCCAUUUAUUAUUCGAAAAUGUAUUUCAAUCCCGCUUCGAGGCUUGCAUUAAUAAAACUAAAGUUGCGCGGAAUUUGAAUUCUUGGCUCGGAUUAAAAGUUUAUUUAGUUCUUCACAGAUUCGUUCAAAGCUAAAAUUAUUUCUACAAUUGUAGCUACCAUUUUAAAGUUACUUUUUUGGUGUGAUGUUUUGUUCAAAAAAUCCUUUCACAGAUGAACAUUUUGAUGUUUCGAGGUAAAGACCGGGAUUGAAAAUUACAACGUUCUUUUUAUUUGUGCAAGCUUCAAAGCAAGAUGAAAAUCAAAAUUUUAAUAAUGAACUGAAUCUUUUAACCUUGAUAGGAACCAACGAGCAUGUUUGAAUGUGAAGGAAGAAAACAAGUUUACUUUUACACGGUGAUGGACGAGCGGAUCAAAAAAGUGCACGUUACAUUUACAUGGAACUGUGCUAUUCGUACGGCAAGCGUGUUUUUUUUGUAUAUGUGUGUGAGCUUGGCGCCAAUCUCGUACCCAGAGCCUGCGUUUCUUCUGGCCUGCGGUGAAGAACGAGGGCUCUGGCAUAAUCCAUUUUUUGGGACAAGGAUUUCUUGGACUUCCGGUAUAACAGCACACGCGUUUAAAGAGUUGCCAAAAAUUAAAAAUAUUUUCCCCCCCGAUUUUUAAUUCGUACUAUGAUUUUUACUUCGAUUUUGAGUUCGAUUUAAUUUUUACUUUGCUUAUUUUGAUCGGUUAUAUCUCACUUUCCGAAAAUUGCGCGUGCGCCAAAAUAUGGAUUAUGCCAGAGUCCUCGUUCUUCGCCGCAGGCCAGAAGAAACGCAGGCUCGAAGAAACGCAGGCUCUGGGUACGAGAUUGCUUGGCUGCCUUGUGGCUCAGCUGUUUUGCGCAUGAUCAGAUAGUAGAACCUCUGACGUUAUCAUAUUGAUCCGUUUUCGUGUAAACAGUACAUACGAUUUGUAAAGAUAAAAAGACUGCGGGCCGUACAUUUCCUUGUCAGAGGUAUGUACUGGUCGAUUUGUUAGACACUUAAAUUCACAGCAAGCCACAGAGGUUUGGAAAAGGGAUUUUUAAUGACUUUAUUGAAAUAAUUAUAACUGAUACAAGAGACUCAAAAUACGUCAGAUUGAAAAAAUUUUCAAGAUGAAAAAAUCAUGCAAAAUGUAUACUAAUGAACUACAAAAAACACACCCGCAAAUAGCGAUACAGGAAAAAAAAUUGAAUAACCAUAAUUAAAAGUUAUAAAUAACUGAUAUAAAUAAAGUACGAAUGUAUAUUUUUAGCAUGGCAUUCUCUUUCACAGUCAUUUUCUCCUUACAGAAAUACGCCUUUACUGCGUCUGUAAAGAUGGAUCAUUCGCUUAAUCAUAAUCUUGAUGCCUUAUACAAUUAAUACUAGAUGAAAAGCAGGAAAAAAUUAAUAAAGUUGAAUUCUUUGUGACA